CCUGUCGUUCUUAUAAACGCGUUUCUUAUUGCUCAUGAUAUAUCUGUUUCAUUGUGUUUGACGACAAUCUACUAUCAACAAUGUGCUUACCUUGAUUUGAAUAUCUUGUCUACUUCUGAAAAACACCAUAUCCCCGAACCAUGGAAAAACAAGAUCACUAUAUUCAGCCAGGCACAGAUGCUGGUACUGACACCGAAGCCAAUAUCCCCAUCACCACUGAUUUCGAGAAAAUCGAUCCGACAGCUCCAAUCGGUACACCGUUGGCACCCGUCGAAACAGAUCCAUAUGGAAGCCGGCCGGCAUGUUUCAAUAACCUGCUGGAAGAAUGUCUCUUCGUCCUGACAACUACCGUCGCCGUGGGCCAAUCUUCCAUAUUUUCAGGGGCGAUCCUAUGCAUGACCAACACUAUCGGCCAAGACCUAAACAUGUCAGCAGCCGAAGUCUCUUGGAUCAACGCAGCGCAAACCCUCGCUGCUGGAACAUUUCUGCUCUUCUUUGGCCGGGUGGCCGACCUUUUUGGAAGACGACUGCUGUUCCUGCUGAGCCUGGGAUUCUUCACCAUCUGCCUCGUCAUCAUCGGUUUCGCAAAAAAUGCAAUGUAUAUGGACAUUUUCUGCGGGUUACUUGGUCUCAGCUCUGCCGCUUCUGUGCCACCCGCAAUCGGCAAGCUCGGUGCAGUCUACAACAAACCUUCUCGACGCAAGAACCGGGCAUUCGCUUGCUUCAGUGCCGGUAAUCCGGUCGGCUUCGUACUGGGCGCCUUCAUCUCGGGCAUCACAAUGCAAGUCUCAAGUUGGAGAACGGCCUUUUGGGUCAUGGCUAUUAUCUACGGGUUGUUCACGAUUGCCGCGUGGUGGACUACUCCUCCCGACACUGAGCAGAGUCUCGGCGGGUUCAACAAGGCCACGUUCCUUAAAUUCGACCUCUUUGGGGCUCUGCUUGCCGUUGCGGGAAUUGCCAUGUUCACUGCUUCGCUGACUUUGGCUGGUGAUGCUCCGAAAGGAUGGAGGACACCGUAUGUGAUCGCCUUGCUCGUCGUGGGCUUGGUCCUGGUUGGCGGCUUCAUAUACUGGCAAAGUAUCUUCCGGUAUCCUCUGAUGCCGCUACAGGUCUGGAAAGACCGGAAUUUCAGCCUGGUGGUGUCGGUGCUCUGUCUCGGGUUCUAUGGAUUUAUCGGAAACACAUUUUGGCUGACGCUCAUGUGGCAACGAAUAUAUCACCGGUCCCCAUUGAUGAUUGCAGUGCACCUCCUUCCAGCCGGCAUUGGAGGCAUUUUGGUGAAUUUGAUCGCGGCGAUCAUCAUGCACCGAGUCAGUAAUCGACUCAUCAUGAUUGUUGCGGCUUUCAGUGGUGCGGUAUCUACGGCACUCUUGAGCGCCACAUCCACAUCCAUAUCAUAUUGGGCAUUGACAUUCCCAUCUCUGUUGCUCGCUGUCCUCUCGCAAGAUCUGGAGUUUACGGUCACAAACAUGUAUGUCAUGUCGAGUGUGCCUAGUGAUCAGCAAUCUGUUGCAGGUGGCCUAUUCAACACCCUCACUCGACUGGUGGCCACAAUUGGUCUCGGUAUCCAAACGAGCAUUUUCAACAGCGCGGGCGGUGCAGCUUCAGGACCAGGCGCCUACCACUAUAGACCAUACCAGGCAACAUUUUGGGUAUCGAUGGUCGGAGGAGUUCUUGCCUUGUUUCUGGUCCCAUUCCUGACCAUUGGAAAGCAAGGAAGGUCGUCGAAAACAGGUGCCGAAAAGCGCUAGGUACAGCUAGGUGUAUUGUAUAAAAGCCAUGUUCGAACGAUAGUUUUAUAACAUGUCAUUCACCUGCGUGCACUUGUCCUGGGAUUAUCAUGGCAUGUAGGCUCGAGAUAUAGAGGAGCCUGUCAAGCCAGACCUGAACAAGGCUGUGGAGUCCACGGAUUGUUCUGAACUGUCAUGAAUGCAUAGGGGCUUGCAGGAAGUCAUAAAUCUGCUGCACAUCCUGACCAUCACAUUCAGAGAUGUGAAAGCCCCUUACGAAGUACUCAUGCCUACCAUAAGUACUUCCAGGGGACAUGCCUGCAACAUAUUGCGCCCAUUUGAAAAUUGACUCUGCAGGUGCGGGACAACGCGGGCCAGACCGACGCGUAUUCUGGUGACGAAAAUGGACAAAUAAACAAUGUAUG